CGCGGAUUGACUCAGCCUUGCUGAUCGCCAUAACUGGGAAACGGUAGUAGCUAGCCGUUCGGGCGCUCGUGCCUGUUGCCAGGUGAAUCAGGAUGGGUGACAGGCCAAUUUGGGAGCAGAUAGGAUCUAGCUUUGUGCAGCACUACUACCAGGUGUUUGACACAGACAGAACCCAACUCGGAGCAAUAUAUACUGGUGAAUCAUGCCUUACGUGGGAAGGACAGCAAUUCCAGGGAAAAGCAGCGAUUGUUGAGAAACUUUCUAGCCUUCCGUUUACGAAAAUUGCUCACAGCAUAACGGCGCAAGAUCACCAGCCAACUCCUGACAGCUGUAUACUGAGUAUGGUAGUAGGACAACUAAAAGCUGAUGAGGACCCCAUCAUGGGAUUCCAUCAGAUCUUCCUCUUGAAGAACAUAAAUGACGCCUGGGUGUGCACCAAUGACAUGUUUCGACUGGCACUACAUAAUUUUGGCUAAAGGCACAGGUGGGAAGUGGGAUCAUAGGGGAAGGUGGUGGGGGGGAAGGGGCUGCACUCCCACCCCUCCUCAUCCAGCUCACUCCUGAUGUCCAGCUUCCUCUGCCCACCUGCCCUCCACCCUCCAUUCCUGCCUUUGAGAGUCAGCCUGCUCCACACUGGAUUCCAGAUGUCACUCACGAAAAACAAAGUUGAUAGGCAGAAUUGAAAUGCAGACACAUGCAACCUUUGUGACAGAGCCUAGACAUUGUUCCUUCGCUGACUUGCUGCAGCUGCCAGUGGAUUAUUGCCACCCUUGCACUGUUCUGCAUGAUAUCGGGAAGCUAGAAAAGCUGCAUUCGAAGAUGCCGGGAAAUUUUUACAGUGUUUUAUACUUUUAUUUCAUUUUGGCUUUGGUUGAGGGGUUUUUU